GCGCAAAUCAGCAGUGAGUGCAGCAGGAAACACUCCACUGAUAAUCCUCAAACACUCUGUCCAAACACGGACCUCGAAGGUGAGGUUAACAUCAUUCGAGUCUGCUCUACAUUACCACCCGGUGUGGUUUACUUCUUCAGCCCAGAAUAAUCUAGUAAACCCGCUUGAAUCGUGGACAGUAUCGCUGGAACAUCGGGCCGCGGUGAAUCAGGUGGCUGAGCAAGGUCCCUGCUCGUCCAGAGAGGAUGAAGAGGUUCCGGCGUCAUGGGAAUGAGUCUCAGAAGGACAAACACAAACAGGAUCUCUAUCAGUUUAACAAGACUGUAGAACAUGGCUUCCCCCAUCAGCCCAGUGCUUUGGGAUUCAGCCCCAGCCUGGAGCUCCUGGCUAUCGGUACCAGAUCAGGAGCCAUCAAACUGUAUGGAACUCCAGGUGUGGAGUUUAUGGGCCUUCAUGAUGAGAAUGCAGCAGUUACACAGGUGCACUUCCUGCCAAAUCAGGUGGAGUUUGUGACUUUGCUGGAUGACAACAGUCUGCACAUGUGGACACUUCGGGCCCAUAGCGGCGUGUCUGAGCUGCAUGAGAUAGGACAUUUUACUCUCACUGGUCCACCUGGUGCCCCUCCCAGCAUAACGCGGGUCACAGCCGUCUUGGCGCACUCCUCGGGUGAGCUGCUGCUGCUGGGCACAGAGGGAGGGCAUGUGUUUGUGGUGGAGGUGCCAGGCUUCAGAGAGCUGGAAGAGAACAACAUCGGCGUGGAGGACGUACAGAGCAAAGUUCCAGAGGAGUACGUUGGCCGCAGGAAUCUGGAGUGUGUGGAGGCCCUGCAGGAGAACCCGCUAAACCCACGGCAGGUGCUGAUUGGCUAUAGUCGAGGCCUCAUGGUUCUGUGGGAUCUGGAACGCCGGCGUCCUAUCCAACAAUUCCUGGGCACACAGCAACUGGAGAGUGUUUGUUGGAUGGAGGAUGGAGGGAACAUUCUCAGUUCCCAUAGUGACGGCAGCUACUGCCACUGGACAGUGACCGGGGAGGAUCCUCAAACAGAGCCUGAGAAACAAGAGAUGCCGUAUGGCACCUUCCCCUGUAAGGCCAUAUCCAAAAUUAUACAGCUGUCGACAAGACAAGGUCCCCCAUUCCUCAUCUUCAGCGGAGGAAUGCCAAGGGCCAGUUACGGGGACAGACAUUGCAUCUCCGUCAUCCACAGCAAAACCCACGAGGCACUAGACUUCACCUCACGCAUUAUCGACUUCUUCGUCAUUUGCGAGGGAGAGGAACACAAUGGUGACCCCAGCGCGCUUGUGGUUUUGGUGGAGGAGGAGCUGGUGGUGGUGGAUCUGCAGACUGAAGGUUGGCCCGUCAUCCAGACUCCCUACUUGGUGCCGUUACACUGUUCAGCUAUCACAUGCUCUCACCAUGUCUCCUCUAUCCCACUCAAACUGUGGGAGAGAGUGCAGGUGGCCGGAGCCCUGCAAAACACACACUACUCUAAGAAGCCUUGGCCUAUAAAUGGAGGGCAGAAUCUUGGUCCAGACCCUCCCCAGAGAGACCUGCUGCUGACAGGGCAUGAAGAUGGCACAGUGCGUUUCUGGGAUGCCUCAGGGGUCUGUCUUUACCCCAUGUACAAGCUCAGCACAGCUGGAGUCUUCCACACUGAUGCUGAUCCAAACGAUAACAUGAACCAGGGCAGUGAGGGAGAGUGGCCUCCAUUCCGCAAGGUUGGCUGCUUUGACCCAUAUAGUGACGACCCUCGACUCGGUAUUCAGAAGAUCCACUUGUGUAAAUACAACGGAUAUCUGACAGUGGCUGGAACAGCAGGACAAAUUCUAGUUUUGGAACUGAACGAUGAGGCUGCUGAGCAGAUGGUUGAAGCUACAGUGGUGGACCUGCUGCAGGGUCAGGAGGGUUUUCGUUGGAAGGGUCAAGCACGUCUAGACGUGCGGGAAGAGCCAGUGCUUUUCCCUCCAGGCUUCCAGCCCUUUGCCCUGGUGCAGUGCCAGCCGCCCGCUGUGGUCACGGCAAUCGCUCUGCACUCAGAGUGGAAACUGGUGACUUUUGGUACCAGCCAUGGAUUUGGUCUCUACGACUACCAACAGAGGAAAAACAUUAUGGUGAAGUGCACCCUAAACCCCAGUGACCAGAUGGCCAUGGAGGGGCCGCUAUCUCGUGUCAAGUCCAUAAAAAAAUCCCUGCGACAGUCCUUCCGCAGGAUUCGUCGCAGUCGGGUCUCCAUGCGGAAACACCACACUAACAAUGCAGCCAAGCUGCAAGAGAUCAAUGCGAGGCUGGAGGCCGAGGCUCUGCAAGAGAUGGAACUGGCUCCCGUACAGAGAAAGAUUGAAGCCCGUUCCUCUGACGACUCCUUCACAGGCCUCGUCAGAACAUUGUACUUUGCGGACACGUUCGUCAGUGAUAGUUCUCACAGUACGCCCUCACUGUGGGCAGGGACCAAUGGCGGAGCCGUUUUUGCAUACGUGAUCCGGGUCCCCACAGUGGAACGGAGGAUGGAGGAUGCUGUGAUGGCUCAUCCAGCUAAAGAAAUACAGCUGAUGCAUCGUGCUCCAGUCGUUGGUUUAGUGGUUUUGGAUGGGAAGGGUGCCCCUCUUCCUGAACCCCUGGAGGUGGCCCAUGAUCUGGCUCGCAGUCCUGAAAUGCAUGGUUCCCACCAUUUAUUGGUUGUGUCAGAGGAGCAGUUUAAGCUUUUUACACUGCCUAAAGUGAGCAGUAAGUCAAAGCUGAAGCUGACAGCAGUCGAUGGCUCUCGUGUGCGCCGGGUGGGUGUGGCUUGGUUUGGAAGUCGGACUGAUGAGCAGUUGGAGAGCAGUCUGGUGAUGCUGACCAAUCAGGGUGAGCUACACGCCAUCUCUCUGCCCUCAAUCAAAAUGCUGGUGCACCAUCCUUGCAUACGUAGAGAGGACGUCAGUGGAAUUGCAUCCUGUGUCUUCACCAAAUAUGGACAAGGUUUCUACCUGAUCUCUCCAUCUGAGUUUGAGCGGUUCUCACUCUCUACCCGCUGGGUAGUGGAACCACGCUGUCUGGUUGAGGCUCCACUUCAACUGAGGUCCAAGAGCCCAUCAAGUCCCAUCCACAGGGACCAACCAGACGGAUUGUCCACAGAACACAGGAAUUUCAAAAGAGAGAGUGAAGGAUAUGACAAUUCUGCUAGACAAGUAAUGGAGCAUGCUUUGCUCAACGAUGAGAGAGUGCUUCAGGAGAUCCAAAAGUCCCUAGAAGGAGAUCCAAUGCCGUUCCUAGAGAACAAUCUGAAGACUAAGCCAAAAUCAGGCAAUGUGCUGAGCAAUGGAGAUUGAGCCUUUUUUCCCAGUGCCUGAAUGAAUCUGGAUCCGUUCUUCAUUCCAGAGUUGCUGUUGGUCUGAUCACUACUGCUAGUACCACUACUGCUAAAAGCCUUGCCUUGGUGAGAGGAACCUCCCAAUCUGAGCUUCUGCACCCGGGGGGACGUGAUCGAGUGAGGGACCACCACCUGUGCCUGCUAAGACCAAUCACUGUGUCUCUUACUCAAUCCAUUAUAUGCUGACCAAUCACCGUUCUCACCACCAGCGUCCACCUCGCAGACCACUGUUUGCAUUUGCACCCUUUCAAACUGAGCAAAAGCAGUGGACAAGACAUGGAGGAUGAGGACAUUUUUUAAAACUUUUAACUUAAUUUUAAAUGCAUGAUUUUCUUUUAUACCAGAUUAAGGACUUCAGAGUCUGCAUAAAUGUGUAUAAUAUGUGGGAAAAGAUGUCAAUGGCUGACAAUUUAGGGUAGGACGACAAGGCAACAUUAGGAUUUGCACAAAGUUGCUGUUGAACCAUAGAUGAAACAUCCUACCGAGUAUUCCACAAGACAUAGUGUUGCCUUUUCCUCCGUCCUCACCAAUGAGAUCAGUGGGUAGAUAAAAGUUCUUAUAGGUACUUUGACACUACUGUGUAGUACAUAUGCUGUAGCUUCUAGGGUGUACAGCUUUCUGAGGGGCUAGGUUUUUAAUUUUGUUUUUGUUUUUUCAUGUAAAAAAUUUUGUUCUGCCUAUUAUGAAUGAUGUAAUUUAGGAAUGUAAUUUUUAAGAGAUUGUAGUCAAAAUGUUUUAAUAUAUGUGUAUAUGAAAAUCUGUACUUGUUUUUACAGUGGGUUCAUUUUAAACUGGCCGGGGUUGUAUUUUCUAAUCUAAUGAAAAAU